CACACACACUCAAUGCAGAUUCAGGGCAGUUGGUGGUUUCUGCUUACCUUUGAACACAGACAUGGCUUGUGGAGCUCAUUUGGGGAUCUUGCUGAUUUGCUUCGUCCAAGCAGAGCAUGUGUGUUGUUUGUGGGCCACAAAAGCUCCGAGACAAAACGGCAACGCGCGUGUUGGCUUCUCCCAACAAAGUAGUGUGUUCGGUGGCAGCCAUCCCCAGAACGGCCUGGUACAGCCCUCUGGUCACCUGGGCUUGGCCCGGAGGAGGAGCAGCAGCAGCAGCCUGGGCACAGACGCUGCAGUUGGGAGUGCUUCUAGCUGGAGAUUUCCCAGUAGUGGCCUCGGAGAAGCCGCACCGCGGCCAGCCGAGCGCGUCUAUGCUUCAGCGUGGUUGGUGCGCGGCCGCUCGGAGUCGAACCCCGACCGGCCGACGGCGAGCUCGCAGAAACCGACUGGGCCGAAAAAGAUGCCGAAAAAGCCGCAAACUGACAUUUCCGCUGCUGCUGGUAGUUUGAUUAGCGAGUCUGAAACUCCCGACAGCAAGGUGCCUCGGUCAGGUCGGCGGGGUACGCCACCUGCUGGCAAACACCAGUCGGGCCGCUUUGGGCCCAACGCCAUCCCUGCGCGGACUAAGACGUCCGCCAGCGGCGCCGCCCGCCGGGUGUCUUCGCGUCGUGGCCCCGUAGCCUCUCUGCCUUCCUAUUUGUCCCCUCUUCGGGAGGAGAGGACCAGAAAGGCCCCCAGCAAAGCGAGCGUGAGUGCUGGUGUCCUCCGGGCCUCCGGUCGAGCCGUCUCCCCGACAGGAGCCCACGACAUCCCUCAGCGAUUCGGCGGCUUCGCCAUCCGGCGGCUGAGAGAACCUGCCCACCGGAAGAAAGUGGGCGUCUGGAGGCCUCGGCAGGCGUACGUGGCCCCCCAGCGGCACUCCUCGUCCAACAGGCCCACACCGGUGCAGAGGGUUCAUCCGAAUGCCAUAAGGAUGAGGCUCAGAGCGCCUCCGGGCCUGUAGCAGGUGCCACAGGUGUUCUGGAUGGAGCGAUUUGAAAUAAAAUUCUUUUAAUUCAUGUAGUGUUCUGAAUUUUCCUCCUAGAUGUGUGGUAUUAGUUUGUGCUUCUAGUGUUAAAAUGCAUAAAAAUGCUCAAUCAUAACAUUUCUUGGGUGCAAUGGGUGUGGAAGCCCAUUUCCGCCGCAAAAGAAAGGAUUGGAUAUAAAGGAAAGUCAAAAUGAUGAGUUGUGCAGGAUCAUAGUUACAUUAAUGUCAUUCAGCUGACUUUUAUCCA